UUGUUUAUGUGGAGAACCCGAGACGAGGCGAAGGAGAAGCAGGGGAUUUAAACACUGAUUUCAACGCGAAAAAGACCUCUGAGGCAACGCGAGCCAUCAUGCCAGUCAAGACGGAGAUGGCUUCCAUGGAUCCCCCGCCGCCAGCGAACUCAGGGCAGCCAGGAGUGACCAGGAGCCUCCUCUAUAACGGCUCGCGGUUCCAGGGGCACCAGAAGUCGAAGGGGCAGUCCUACGACGUCGAGGUGGUUUUGCAGCAUGUGGAUGAAGCAAACUCCUACCUCUGCGGAUACCUUAAGAUCAAGGGCUUAACGGAAGAGUAUCCCACCUUAACUACAUUCUUCGACGGCGAAAUAAUAAGUGCGAAAUUCCCCUUCCUAACGCGGAAAUGGGACGCUGAUGAAGAGGUGGAUAAAAAACACUGGUGUGCACUUGUGGCAAGUCAUUCCCACCAACUUGGCUCUCAAGCUAAAUUUUUUCCUGUCGUGAUGGUCACAUCAUCUGGUUGGCCAGGAUACAUGCCACGAACAGUCAGCCUGCUCCAUAUUUACCCCUCUGAAGUUAAGUUAAAGCCUUGUUUAAGUCUCAGUUACUGGGAAAUUGUAUAUGAUGCAGCCAAAGCACACAGAGCCGGGUACCAGUCGCUGAACCUCACUCACGUGCCCGAGCACAGUGUUCAGAUCUAUGAAUUUAGAUAAAGAGAUGCUGAUAACCGCAGAUACUCAGAUGGCUUAGUGUGUAUGUGAUUCAUAUUUUAUUUGUUCCUCAUGUAAAGAUUUUUUUAUUGGAUUGUUAAGGAAAUGAUAUCAUUUUAGGAAAUAGAAUUUUACAGCUCCCACAUGCAUUCAUUCAAGAAAGAAAAUAAAGGAAGAAAUGUCCAUUGUAUAAAACCAGUGAUGAAAGACAGGUCAUGUUAUUUUAUCAGGUGGUUUUAGAUACUACUCAGUGUGUCAACAUUCUGUGAUUAUUUCUUACAAUUCUCUUUACAUCUGUCUAGGCGACUCCUCAUUUUGAAUUACAAUUUAUCACUUCUUUCUCCCCCCCCCCUUUUUUUUUUAUACACAACACAAGUCCAUCUGUGUUGAAGUGGACACACCAUUUCGUUUAUACCUGCUUGUUAAUCUCGGUGUCACAUAUUACCUCUCUGGAAAAGUUCUGGUGAUAUUAGAUGAUUUUUAUAAACCUGUGUCCAAGAAUCAUCGCCAUGUUGAAGUGAUCGGUAAAAAAGGAAAAAAGAAAAAAAAAAUUCGUUCUAUAUCUGUGAUUUCCAUAUAGGUGUUUACUGCAUUUUUCACUACUGUAUUAAUCAAAUUGAUUCUUGAUCUGUGGAAUGUUAUAGGUACGGCUGAAGGGAAAUUUUCUAUAUACGAGGAAAGUUUUUUAUCUAUUUGCUGUUGAUGAGUAGGGGUUGGGGGAAACUAUGGAUUUUUUUCUAGUAAUUUAGUAGAUAUUGGUGUUUAUGUAAUUGAUAUGAAUAUGUUCCUAUAAUACUAUUAUUUUUAUCAAUGAGUGCUGCAUGUGAUAUUACCAGCCAAUUAAGCUUUCUCUCAUUUUAGUUACUGAAUUUUUUGAGAUGGAAAUUUGCAAGCCAAAAACGUUCAUGUAACAGUAUAGUGUUUUCAGAUCUGUCUAGAGUUGAUUCUUUAAACCAGUGGAUUUGUUUUAAAUUUUUGUGCAGUGAUACAAAUUCUGGAAUUCUUGUAUUGAUAAAAUUGUCAUUAUUUAUUUUCUUUUUCUCUUUUUUUUUUUCUUCUUUUUUUCAAAACUGGUCAUGUCCAGUCAGCAUAUCUUAGAGUUAAUCUAAGGUACUUUUUUCCCAUUUGUCAUAGGUUUCAGAUUAUGUACUUUUUUCUCCCUUUCUUUUUUUUAUGCUACAAUGAUAGAUCAGAUAAGGUACAGAAUCAUAUCAAGAACAGCAUCUCAAGUGCUGUAGUCUGUCGGCUGAGGAGUGUUUGAUGUGUUUGUAUAUAAACCAUAGUCAUACCUUUCUUCUGGGCCUCUUGCCAUGCUGUUCACACCUUUAGUCUCCUCCCUUCCCCCUACUGUACCCUGUCUGUGCUUGAGAUGGUGUUAUCUAUUAUCACCUUUUUUCAAAGUGUGAAAAAAGUAAGAAUAUUUUUUUCUUAUUUUUUCCUGCCUGUAUGGCUGUCUAAGACAGUCCCUUAUGGCCAGAUAUGGUUGAGCAUACGAAACCUUGGCAAAUUGAGGUAUUUUGUGCUGGUUUUCUUGGAGGGCUAAUGCAUUAUAGAAAAUCUGCCAAGUGGAUUAGAAAGCAGUCCUGUAUAUUAUUUUUGCCAUGGAGUAAGAACCAUAUAUGACCAUAAUGUUCUACAGGUGUCAUAUUUUUUCUUAUGUAUCCUUUGUGUAUGUCAGCUUCACUAGCAAACUACUGUGUAGUUAUGUACAUAUUAAUAUAUAUAUAUAUUUUAUUCCCAAAGCACUGAGAACCUGAGAUGUGUCACGAAGGAGAGAAGUGGUAUUUAUACAUGCUUGUUUGUAUGAUGCUGGGUAUAAAAAAAGAUGUGAUCAUUUUACGGAUGAUUUUAUUCUAAACUUCAUUUCUUUUUAUGGAAGUAUAGUAAUGUGAAAGUGUUUGUAUUCAGUGCAUAUUAAAACUUAUUUAUUUCAGCUGAAAUACGACUAAAACUUCUAUGAUUCUGUACCUUGGUUGAUAAUGGCAAUACAUCUUGAAUAUGGAAGCAUUUGUAAAAGCUCAUUUGUUACUUAACAUGUUUUCUGCUCUUAUUCACAUAUGUUGAAGGGAUUUUAGCGGGGGAAGAGUUGAAUUAAAUUAUUAUUGAAGGUAUAUGGAAUUAAUGUGAAAAGAGGUUAUACCCUACAUUAAUUAACAUGUGUGAUGCAGGGAACAUUAGAUCCCACUAUAGAUGUACAUCCCAGAGAUAUACUAAAAUCCAAAUUUAAAGUCAUAAAUGCAUGCAAAAUUUUGUUCCCAAAAAAAGGAUCCAUCGGAUUUGGCAGUAAUAAAAUUUGUGGGAAUAUAUAUCUUUGUAAUUUUCAUAUGACAGUAUACGAUCCUGUGUUUCUUCAGUUACCAUAUUGAAAAGAAUUUUGAAAUGAAGUCCAUUUUGAUAUAUUAAGAUUCCCAUGCUGUAGAUUUCACUAUAGCACACUCAGAGUGCGUACAUUUGAAUGAAAAACAAAAGAAAUGUGAUAAGAAUGAAUGGUUAACAGUUGAAUAUAAGAAAAAUCAAUAAAAAAACUGUUUACAAUAAUAAAUAGUCUUGAUACGAAAAAAAUAGGUACUUCUUUUGUACAGUAGAAGACCCUCUACAUUGUUUACAAUUAGCAAGCAUAAACUGAACAGGAAAUGUUGUUGAUCACCUCAAGAACGGCAUUCUGUAUAGUAUGGUAAUUGCAAGCUGAAAAUUGUCUACUUAUUCAUUCAUUUUUACUCAUUUUUUAUAAUUGUUAAUUUAUUUUCGUUCAGUUAUUAUUAUUAUUAUUAUUAUUGUUAGUAUUAUUGUUAUUAUUAUUAUUAUUAUUAUUAUUAUUAGUAUUGCUAUUAUUAAUAUUAUUAUUAUUAUUGUUAAUAUGUUAUUAUUGUUUUAAUUAUUAUUAUUGUUAUUAUUAUUAUUGUUAUUAUUAUUAUUAUUAUUAUUAUUAUUAUUAUUAUUAUAUUUUAUAUUUGUAAAUGUAGUCUCCAUUCUCUGACAUUGUUUUCAAGUAAUGAUACUGUUGUUGCUUAGGGAUUCGCUGAGAUUAAUGAACCGAUAUUAGUUUUUAAAUAUUUCUUCGGGAAAGAAGGCUAUCUAUUUUUUCCAAACUUCAUAUUCAAUUUUUUCUUUUUUUCUUUCUUUCUUCUUCUUCUUCUUCUUCUUCUUCAUUUGAGCAAUUCUUAAUUAGGAAAUGGUGCUGAAGAACUGUUUUUGUUUCUUUUCAUAAUUUUUUUUGUUUUUUAUUAUUUUAUUUUUCUUUCUUGUGAUAAAUGUUUUUUAAAUUCUUUAAUAUGUUAUUAUUGUUUUAUUUUUUAUUUAUUAUUAUUAUUUUUUUUUAAGAUACUUUUUUCUUUCUUUUUUUUCUAAUGGAUGUAAUUAUAUAUAUAUAUGUAUAUAUAUUUUUUUAGGUAUUAUAUAUAAUAUAUUUUUUCAUCUUUUUUCUCCACUUUUACCUACGACAUAAAGGGAAAUGUGAACCAUGUUAAAUUAUUUUGCGCUCAUAACCGAACUAAACACGAAGUUGGUAUAUUUUAUUUCCUUAUUAUAUCUGAGAGGAAAAUAACUUAUUGUAACAGGUAGCAGAAAGUGAAAUGCAGUAACAGCAUCAGUUUAGAUAUUUAAAAAGUACAUUUAAGAUGAAAAAGAUGACAGAAAACAAGAUUAUGAUCAAAAUGAACAUGUAGAAUUUCUUCAUGCUUCUUAGAACAAAAAAAAAACAUCUGUGCAAACCUGCAUAUAAGAUGCUCAAAUAUUUAGAUACAAAGAGUAUUAAGAUAGGGUUUAACAUUUACAAAUGAAAGCUCCUUAUCACCAGUCUUAUCAAUGUCCAUAGACAAAUGACAAAAUCACUGUCUGUCAAACAUCUUGUAUUGUCUGUUCUCUUGACAAUUUGUCAGUUUUAAGUUUACUGUUAUUACCAUCUUUUUAUUAUUACUGAUCUAAAACUCAUUAGAAAAGCUUCACAUUGCCAGCUCAGAAGUGAUGCACAUAUAAGUAAACAUGAAGCCAAAAACUAUAUGUAAUGAUUUGAACUUUACCUUAAAGUUAGAUUGAAGUUUUAUACAGAGGGUUAUGUUACUUUGGAUUUUCUUUUUAACAUAUAUAUACUUUUUUCGCUGCUUUCAAGCCUUUCCCUAUAAACAAGGUUUAAGAUUGAGUUGACAUCACAGAGUACUUUAUUAUUUUUUUUCCUAAGCUGCCAGAAUAUGAACUACUAAAUAUAUUUUAGAGGGUUUUAAUUAAUGUCAAAACUUGUGAAAAAAUACUUUUGGUAAACGGACAGGUUUUUGCACCGGGAAUGUUCAUGCUAUUGUGGUAGUUGUUACGUGAGAUGAAAUAGGUCUCUCUGUAGCUAAUGACCAUAUCAAUUUUUUCUCGUUGAGUAAAUGUAAAUAACAUACACGUUUUUGAUAAGGUAAAUAUUUGAUUAUAUAUAUAUACACAGUAUCAUGGGAGGGUGAAAAACAAAUAUUGAAAAUUAUAAACAUUCAUUUAGUAACCAUGAUUAUUAAUGUGUUAAGCAUUUAAAAUAAAUCUUAAUAUGUUAUAAAAUGUACUUAUGAAGUGUUACGCUGUAUAUUACUUGUAUAAUUGAAACAAAAAUGUUGUAACAAAGGUUGUAAUAAGUCUUAUUGCUUUAAGUGAUACACAUCAUUAGAUGUGUAUUGGGUGCAACUUAGAAAAGAAAAAAAAAAAUAGAAAAGAACAUAGCAAUAACGUGCAUAUCAGUGGGAAUAAAAUGUGAGUCAGUUUUUUUUUCGCUCUCAACUAAUAUUUCUGUUUUUUCCUUAGUCUUAUAGAUGGGAUAUAUUUUGUAGAUAUUAUAAUCCAAUUUGAGCCAGUGUGUACAUGCAACUGAAACAAGUAUGCAUAUAUAUGCAUAUAAGUUUAUUUUUCCUUGGGAUAUAUUUUGUAGAUAUGAUAAUCCUCAUUUAUGAGUCAGUGUGUAUUUGCAAACUGAAACAAGUAUGCAUAUAUAUAUGUGUGUGUGGAAAUAUUUUUCUCCUUCUUGAAGUGUUUAAUUGUGCAGCUGUAUAGAUAUAAUAAUAAAUGAUAAAAGGCUUUGUAAAGUUUCAAGGAGCUUCAGCUGUAGGCAGUCCUACCACCUACUGGUGUGAAUGCUUAGUGAAAAAGAGGAGUAAAAAAGAAAAAAAAUGCAUGGACAUUUUCCAAUUCACCAAGUGUGCAUUACCAGGGGAAGAUGGCAGAGGUAGAGGAGAAGGAAUGUCAUUUGCGGGUUUUGUAGAGUUAAAUUGGUAUGGUGUUUUACUUCCAGAAUUUCUUAGCCAGUCAGUACCCAGGUGGGAAAAUUUGAUGUUGUGGGUAGAAACAUGACUUUGAUUGUACCAUAUUAACUCUUGGAAUGUCACAAGAUAUGUUAUCUAUUUCAGAAGGCUGGAAUGUUGUAUUUUUAUGCUGCUAUUAAAUAUUCUGUGAAUAUUUGAUGAGUUUAGAAGCCUAUUAGAGCCAAUAUUCAUUGUUUUGAAGAUCAUAAAAUACUAUCUUUAA